AUGGCGGCACCUCUCGGACGGGACACCUUACCUGACCAGUGGUCGUACGGAGUUUGCAGGGACGGCCGCGUUUUCUUCAUCAAUGAUAAAACUCAUACUACUACUUGGCUACAUCCGCGCACUGGAGAACCUGUAAACUCUGGACAUAUGAUUCGCUCAGAUCUACCACGAGGAUGGGAAGAGGGAUUCACAGACGAAGGAGCAAGCUACUUCAUCAAGUGA